AUGCCGACAAUUGGGAAAAUUGAGUGUUUUUCUGGCGAAGCCACCGACUGGAAGGCAUACGCUGAACGGCUUGAGGCCUACAUCAGCGCGAACAACAUUCCGGCGGACAAGAAGGUAAAUACCCUGAUUACCGUCAUUGGUCAGACGACAUAUAAACUUCUUACUAAUUUGUGUGCUCCAGCAACCCCUGGUUCACUAACGUAUGACACUCUAAAGAAGAAAUUAGCAUCACAUUUUACACCCAAGCCUCUGCUGAUAGCAGAAAGAUUUCGAUUCCACAAACGGGAUCAACAUCAUGGCGAACCAAUACAAACAUACUUGGCUGAGCUGCGUAGGCUAGCCAUGACGUGCGACUUCGGAAAUACGUUGGAAGAUACCCUCAGGGAUCGUCUCGUAUGUGGACUGAAUAACUCGCACAUCCAAAAACGCCUCUUAGCAGAGGAUAAGUUAACACUGCAGAAAGCUGUUGAGCUCGCUGUAGCAAUGGAUGCAGCACACAAGGAUGCAAUAGAACUACAAAAAUCACACAAUCCUAAUAACACUAAUGGUGGUAAAAGUGACGUCAUUCACGCAGCAAAACACAAAACUGAGCGUUUCAGCAAGAAACCCAAGGCAAAAUUCAGCCAAAAAUCUACGUGUCGCAAUUGUGGAGGGGUGUACCCUCAUCGACAAGCCCCAUGUCCCGCAGCGGACAAAAGUUGCCAUCACUGUUCUCGUAAAGGACACUUCGCAAAAUUCUGUAGAGCAGACACUAAAAAGAAAGCGAACUAUGUAUCGGAGGAACCCGACUAUGCAUUUUCGAAUACAACAACUAACAGUAAUAGUCGACUGAUGGCUUUUGGAGCAAAUGAAAAUUUAAUUGAAAGAUUAGACAUUAGAUGA